AUGUGCCCAAAUGACAUAAGGCACAAUUCCUUCAUUCCGUAUGAGCGUCGUUUACUGAGCAAAUCACAGACAAUGUUCUUACCUUUUGAAGUGGCGGUGGCCGCCAAAGGGAUCCUCUCCAACCUGGCCGCCAUGUUGGAGGACACCAGGAGCAACUCUGGGCCAGGCUGUGGUAGCGGCAGGCGCCAGGAGCAGCUCCAGACCUGGCUGUGGCAGAUGCCAGGAGCAGCUCUGGACCCGGUGGUGAUGGCUACGACCACCUUCCCUCCAUUCCUAUUAACAGCAAAGAUGUCCCCACUGAUAGAAAAAAUUAGUGAUCAGAAGGACUUCAAGAAGCUCCUGAGAACCAGGAAUAAUGUUUUGGUGCUAUAUUCCAAAUCUUCAUCUGCUGUUGAAAGUUCUCUCAGGUUAUUGUCUGACGUAGCCCAAGCGGUGAAGGGCCGAGGUACUAUAUCAUGGAUAGAUUGCGGUGAUUCAGAGAGUCGAAAACUAUGCAAGAAGAUGAAAGUUGACCCUAGUUCAAAGGAGAAAGGUGUAGAAUUGCUACAUUACAAGGAUGGAACAUUUCACACUGAAUAUAACAGAGCACUCACAUUGAAGUCAAUGGUGGCCUUUCUAAAGGAUCCAGAAGGAGCACCGUUAUGGGAAGAGGAUCCUGAAGCCAAAGACAUUGUCCAUGUAGACAGUGAGAAGGAACUUAAAAGGCUUCUGAAGAAGGAAGAUAGGCCCCUGCUGCUGAUGUUCUAUGCCCCUUGGUGUGGAGUUUGCAAAAGAAUGAUGCCAUCAUUCCAGCAGGCAGCCACAGAACUGAAGGGCAUGUAUGUCCUUGCAGGGAUGAAUAUCUACUCAUCUGAAUUUGAAAGAAUAAAGGAAGAAUACAACGUGCGGGGAUACCCGACCAUCUGCUACUUCGAAAAAGGAAAAUUACUCUUCAACUUUGAGAAUUAUAGCGCUACGGCAAAGGACAUAGCUGAAUGGCUGAAAAAUCCUCAGCCACCUAAGCCACAGACACCAGAGGCUCCCUGGUCAGAAGAGGAUAAUGCUGUUUAUCACCUAACGGAUGAUGACUUUGACAAGUUUAUGAAGGAGCAUCCUUCUGUAUUAGUGAUGUUCUACGCACCAUGGUGUGGGCACUGUAAGAAGAUGAAGCCAGAAUAUGAGAAGGCAGCAGAGAUGCUCCAUGCUGACAGUGAUAGAACAGGCAUCCUGGCAGCAGUAGAUGCUACUGUCAACAAAGCCAUUGCAGAAAGGUUUCACAUAUCAGGAUUUCCAACUCUCAAGUACUUCCAGGAAGGCGAUGAAAAAUAUACCCUUCCACACCUUCGAACAAAGAGUAAAAUUGUAGAAUGGCUCCUAAAUCCUCAGGCACCACCUCCACCGGAACCAAGCUGGGAAGAAAGGCAAACAAGUGUUAUCCACCUUGCUGGUGAAGACUUCAGGGAAUUUUUGAAGAAAAAGAGACACGCCCUUGUCAUGUUCUAUGCCCCAUGGUGCCCGCACUGUAAAAACUCCAUUCCACAUUUCACCACUGCUGCAGAACUCUUUAAAGAAGAUCGAAAGAUUGCCUAUGCUGCAGUGGACUGUGCCAAAGAACAGAAUCAUGACCUGUGUAAGCAGGAAGGUGUGGAUGGUUACCCAACCUUCAACUACUACAACUAUGGGAGAUUUAUAGAAAAAUAUAAUGGAGACAGAGCGGAGUCUGGAUUUUCCACUUUCAUGCGAACGCUCAGAGAAAGGGACCAUGAAAGGAUAGGCAAGAGGAAAGAUGAGUUGUAAUUUCUGCCUCAAAAGAUAAUUUCCACUGCACUGUGAAUGGUCUCAGGGCCACUGGUACCAUGCCUGAGAUUUCACAUCUUUUAAAAACAGACUUUUUUUAUAUACAGCCAUUGCCAUUUUCUACAAUUUUGAAAUAAAGCGAAAUCAUUUGAUUUUUAAAGAAAAAUAGAUGACAUAAUUGUUGCCA